AUGGCUGCUGAAAACUACAAGGUCGCUGACAUCUCGCUUGCCGCUUUCGGUAAGAAGGACAUCGAAUUGUCCGAAAACGAAAUGCCUGGUCUCAUGUACAUCCAAAAGAAGUACGGUCCCUCGCAACCGUUGAAGGGCGCCAGAAUCGCCGGGUGCUUGCACAUGACCAUCCAGACCGCCGUUCUCAUCAAGACUUUGGUUGCCCUCGGUGCCGAAGUCACCUGGACCUCGUGCAACAUCUUCUCGACCCAGGACCACGCCGCCGCCGCCAUCGCCGCCAUGGGGGUCCCCGUGUUCGCUUGGAAGGGGGAAACCGAAGAGGAAUACAACUGGUGUAUCGAACAACAAUUGCACGCGUUCAAGGACGGCAAGAAGUUGAACUUGAUCUUGGACGACGGUGGUGACUUGACCACCAUGGUCCACGAAAAGUACCCGGAAAUGUUGGAAGACUGCUACGGUCUUUCCGAAGAAACCACCACCGGGGUCCACCACUUGUACAAGAUGGUCAAGGAGGGCAAGCUCAAGGUCCCCGCCAUCAACGUCAACGACUCCGUCACCAAGUCCAAGUUCGACAACUUGUACGGGUGCAGAGAAUCGUUGGUCGACGGGAUCAAGAGAGCCACCGACGUCAUGAUCGCCGGUAAGACCGCCGUCGUCGCCGGGUUCGGUGACGUCGGUAAGGGUUGUGCCGACGCCCUCAGAUCGAUGGGUGCUCGCGUCAUCGUCACCGAAAUCGACCCCAUCAACGCUUUGCAAGCCGCCGUGUCGGGUUACCAAGUCGACACCAUGGACAACGUCGCCAAGAUCGGUCAAAUCUUCGUCACCACCACCGGGUGCAGAGACAUCAUCGUCGGCAAGCACUUUGAACAAAUGCCCGAAGACGCCGUCGUGUGCAACAUCGGUCACUUUGACAUUGAAAUCGACGUCGCCUGGUUGAAGGACAACGCCGAAUCGGUGGUCAACAUCAAGCCUCAAGUCGACAGAUACUUGAUGAAGAACGGCCGCCACAUCAUCCUUUUGGCCGACGGGAGAUUGGUCAACUUGGGUUGCGCCACCGGCCACUCGUCGUUCGUGAUGUCGUGCUCGUUCUCGAACCAAGUCUUGGCCCAAAUCGCUUUGUUCAACGCCAAGAACGACGAAUUCAGAAAGCAAUUCCCCGAAUUCGCCAACUUGAAGGACUUCACCGUCGACGUCCACACCUUGCCCAAGAUCUUGGACGAAACCGUCGCCAGAUGCCACUUGGACCACUUGAACGUCAAGUUGACCGAAAUGACUGACGCUCAAUCGGACUACUUGGGCAUCUCCAAGGUGGGUCCUUACAAGGCUGACCACUACAGAUACUAA